UGUGCACAUUUAAAUUACACGGAGUGUUUUUUAUGUCGCGCUCCUUGUCUGAUUUAAUCAGGGUAUCGUUUUAUUUUAACUCAAUUUAAGAUCACAUUUAGGCUUAUUUUAUACCUCAAACACCUCAAGAUGGCAGGAAACUUCUGGCAGAGCUCACAUUAUCUGCAGUGGGUUCUGGACAAACAGGAUCUGAUGAAGGAGAGACAGAAAGAUCUCAAGUUCCUCACCGAGGAGGAAUAUUGGAAGCUACAGAUCUUUUUUGCCAAUGUGAUUCAAGCCUUAGGGGAACACUUGAAACUCAGGCAGCAGGUCAUCGCAACGGCAACAGUGUACUUUAAGCGUUUCUACGCCAGGUACUCUCUGAAGAGCAUAGACCCUGUGCUGAUGGCCCCCACAUGUGUGUUUCUGGCCUCUAAAGUAGAGGAAUUUGGUGUUGUUUCGAACACACGUCUUAUUUCAGCAGCAACGUCGGUGUUGAAAACAAGGUUCUCUUAUGCCUUUCCAAAGGAGUUUCCCUUCAGAAUGAACCACAUCUUGGAGUGUGAAUUCUACUUACUGGAGCUCAUGGACUGCUGUCUGAUUGUGUAUCACCCUUACAGACCGUUACUGCAGUAUGUGCAGGACAUGGGGCAGGAGGACAUGCUGCUGCCGCUGGCUUGGAGGAUAGUGAACGACACCUACAGGACAGACCUGUGUCUGCUUUAUCCUCCAUUUAUGAUAGCACUGGCCUGCCUGCAUGUGGCCUGUGUGGUGCAGCAGAAAGAUGCCAGGCAGUGGUUCGCUGAGCUGUCUGUUGACAUGGACAAAAUCCUGGAGAUUAUCAGGGUGAUUCUGAAACUCUAUGACCAGUGGAAGAACUUUGAUGAUAGGAAGGAAAUGUCCACUGUGCUCAACAAGGUGCCCAAACCCAAACCCCCUCCUAACAGUGAGACUGACCAGAGCUCAAACGGGAGUCAAAACAGCUCGUACAGUCAGUCCUAGAGCGGCCUCUGCUGGAGGACCUGAGGUGGAGUGAUACACAAACACAGCACAUCCCUGCACAUCUGAAUGCUGCUUUUCACAAGCUCAUUGUUUUAUGACUGUGGGGAAACCCAUUCCCGGCACAAAUCCUCUCUUUCCUCUCUUCUGGGCUCUUCCAGCAAUCAGAGCAGAGAGAAUGAUGCCACCUCCUUCCUUCCACCAAUCAGAGCAGCCCAUGUCCGAACUGCUCACCAAUAGGAAAUAUGCUUUGAUUUAGAGUUUAUUGGCAAGCUUAAGGCUGUUGUCUUGAAUGUUACGGGGACACACACACACACACACACACAAACGCACCUCAUUGGGUAUUUGUUUGAUUAAGAGGGGUGCUGUUUUACCAGAUCUUGUUAGUUGAUGGUCCUGACUUCCUUGAAAAGUCCCAUUAAGCUUCUUCACCGGAUGCUCUUUGGGAACUAAGAAAACUUGAUUAUUUUCUGUCUGAGAGUGACAAAGAGAGAGUGAGUGUGUUUAAUCGCAAAUAUAUUUGUAUGCGUACCUCUCGUUGACCAUAUCACAGUUUGUAUUCCUCAGGGAAAUGGAUCAGUCCUCUUUACAAAGUGGCUGUCUGUAAACUGAUUGGCCACAGGGCUAUGUGACGGCGAUCUUUUGAACCCUCGUACUGUGUAAUCAAAUCCUGAUUGGAUAUUUGACGCACAUGUGGAUGUGAGUUAAAAUGCACAAGUGACACAGAUAGUUGAGUUGAUCACAGUAUGCUUCCACCGGCAUUGUAAAUAUGCUUUCCAUUUAUAGCCCUUGCCUUUGUUUUGUCUCAUUAUAAAUUUACUGUAUGAUUAUGCUAUAUGUGUACUUGCUAUAACCCAAAUGCAUUUCUUUUUUUUGCUUUCAUUUUGUUUGUUUUUUGAAUUGAUGUCCAUGGAAGACAAGCCAAUAUCUUUAGGGUUUUGGACAUGUAGAUCUACAUCUUGGGUGUGGUUAUCAAGUCCCCCGCUCCCCAUCAUUUGCAUCUCCAUUAUUAGUUUGGUGGACAUGAAGGACCUCAAAUUAUUUUACAGUACAUAUAUGUUUGGGUUUGUUUUGAAUGGAAUUAUUUUAUGUUUAGUUGUGCUUUAGGAGUGUUGCCUCAUCUUUAUUGAGUGAACUUGCAUAAAUGUGGCCCUUCUCUGUGAUGCAUUGUAUGCAUUAUUUGCCUGUAUAUAUAUUUGUUAAUGUGAGAGCUGUGAAAGAUGAGAGGGCUUGGGGUGUUCUCAUUCAUUUGUCUAUAAUGGAGCUCAGAAGCCUUAUUGAAUAAAGCUGCUGUUGAAACAAAAA